CUGAUUUGCGGAAGCGUGGAGAAAUGAAACGGAAGAAUUUAUUAGAGAUUUUGGGUUUUGUUGGUGGGCGUGGCCGGAAAUCAUGUUCUUGACAAUAGUAUGCAACAGUAGAAUGGCGUACAUUGUGUCUCCUGCCAAAUAAACAAACUAUGGAGUCACUUCCCUAGUGGUCAGGUCAGUGGUCUCUAGAGGUAAUUUGAAUGGUGCCUAAGAGUCAAAGAUCCAUGAAACCAGGAAUGUUCUGCUUUCGUCCAUGUGAGACGGCGCCUCGGCUUCUUGUGAAUUGUUUUGCGACAAACACAAUGAAGAUGCCUGAAAGUGUGAGUGUCAGAUACGUCAUGUUGUCGUGUUGACAUGUUUCACGUAUCUCCACACGUUCAUUUCCUGUUGUCAAUGAUUUUUGGACUAGAGCCCAAUGAAUCAUGGCAGAAGUCCAAACAGAAAGCCACAAAUUAAACGAUGAAUCGAAAGGCAAUCGAGACCCAAAUGGUGACCAGAAAGACAACCAAAUGUCAGUGAAAGAUGGACAGCCACAAAAGCUCAGGAGGUUCAGCUUUCAACUUAUGGCCAUAGACUCAUCCCUACCACCAUCCGGAUUAGUACUAACAACAUCGAGCAAUGAUCGAGUCAGGGACUUAAGGAGUAUCCAGAAACAGCUAUCCGAGGUCUUACACAAGGCAGAGAAUGCAAUGGACUACUUUGCGAGAGAUGAUCUGGCGGCGAGUAGUUCGACAGAGAAGGCAGUUGACUUGGGUGGUGUAAAAGACAUGCUGCAAGACUACGAGAGACACUGCAAUGAAAGAGAAAAAGUGCUAUUUUCACUUGAUCAUUUUUUCAGUACUUCACGGGAUGAUGCAGAAUUUGGAAGCAGUGCUACAGCAAGUGAAGAAGGUGACCCUUCGAAGAGAGCUAUUGAUGAUUACAACACACAGGAAUUUACGGAAGCUAUGAUGACUGCUCGUGGAGCUGCUGGCCGACUAAAAGAUCUCAACUCUGAACUCGUUGCUCUUGCACAAAUUCUUAAAAGAGCAACUCUGAAAGAUUUGAACUUGGAGAACACUCCACUUAUUGAUUUGCAGCUUAUCAUGCAAACGGCUUCCCAAUCAAGUCUUGCUGCUGAAGCAAAGGUAGUCGAAGCCCAGGUACUGUUCAAGAAACUUGUUGAAGUGAUGGAGACCUCAAUGAAGGACAAUGCUGUAUUAACAAAAACCAACCAGAAACAAGAAAAGAACCUAGACGCUUGUCUUGCCCGCAACGCAAGCCUCAAGAUUGAAAACCAGCAGCUAAAGGUCAUCGCCAAGAAGCUGGAGGAACAAUUGGAACAACAGCAGAAGGAAAUAGAACCACUUAGCGUAAAGACUCAAAUACUUGAAGCAGAUUUGGAAAGAUUUCAGGAUGUACAACGCGUGCUCGAGGAAACGCAACUACAUUCUCAAAGUUUGCAGGCGGAGAUAGACGAAUUAAAGAGCAAAUUAGAGGCAGCAAGGUUGGAGAAUUACCAUCGUAUGGUCGCACAAGAGAAGCUGGAACAAAAGCAAUCAAACGCAAUCAAAUCUGUGGAGGAGAAAGGGAUUGAAACGGACGACAUGCCGUUCGAUUCCAAUCUCGCACGACCUCGACUGAUUCCGUCCUUCUCCGUGUCCGGUGACGACGACAGGGGCCCCCAAGAGGGCGAGAGCAAAGAGACAAAACGGAGACCGGAAUUCGAGGAGGCCGACGACAAGGUCGACCUCGUCGCGGAGAACAACGGUUUGCGAGUAAAUCUUGAACUAAGUCAAGAGAAAAUACGAAAUCUGGAAGAAAUUAUACGGCAAAUGUAUUAUGGACGACAGAGGCAGAACAACGGCUAUCUCUUGCCGGAAUUACCACAACCCAAGAAAGCGCUGACGAGUGGGAGGAACCGAUAUCAAGGUGCAUUUAAGAGGACUCCCACGCAGCCGAAGCUGUUGAAUCCAUCACAAUUUGUUGAUCUCGGUCAGUCGUUUCCGCCGCCGCCGUCUAAGAGCGCGUCGACGCUGCGGCGCGGCUCUCAGUUGCCGUCGUCCGUCGCUCGGAUGCCGUGCAUCGAGCAGUUGCCGCGACGACGCUCGUUCUCGCCUCUUUCCUCCGACAACGCGCCGACGUCGUUGCUGAGAAUUCGCAGCGUCACGCCGCGGGAAAGCAACGCGACGGGCGAUUACUUCGAACUGCAAAUGGACAACGACGGCAACAGCGCCGUUCUCGGCACGGCGGCUCUGGCGCGUCGGGGCUCGCGCCCUCUGGGCAGUGUCUCGAAAGGAGGAGUCGGAGUCGGUUCAUGGCGCGGCAGUGUGGCCGCUCCGUCGACAGCCAACGAGCGUCAGUCUCCGAAGCCGGAUUGGUGACCCUAUUUUUGUUCUAUCGGUUUAUCUAUACAGGGAUAUGUAUUUAUUAACAUGGUGUAAUGCGAUAUGUCUGCUUGAUCCAACUCACUUAUUGCCAAUUUGUGUAGGCAUGUAGAUAAACGUUUUCGUUCAUUCACUCGGAGAGUACA